AAACAAACCAAGACAGAUGAAGUAUGUGAUAUAUUAUAACUAUUUGUUUACCGAUCAAAAAAUAGAAAUAUAAAUACAUAAACGCAGAGAGGACGCCAUGACAAGCAUAAAAGAAAUAUACAAGUGCCUUUUCUUUGCACAUGUUCUUAUGAACCAAGAUGCAUCUGCUACCAAAGCCCCCGAAGAUCUAAUUGAAAUAGAAUAUGUUUCAAACAAGAGCUUUAAAACCACCUUUAAUAAAAUUGCCGAAUCUUUAAAGAACAUAAUUAACCCACCACACCAAAGUAGUGCUUUAUCCACACUAGCAAACAUUGGAAAAUUAUCUAAUCAUAAAAAUGGAUUUACGUUCGAUGUGAAUUCGUCAAAGAAAAUGCAGAUACAGACACUAUAUGGGCUCCUUUUUAUAACCCGAAGUAAGGAACAGGAUUUAGAUAAAAAGAAAAACAGUAAAAAAAGAAUGCAUGCAUUUAAAAAUGUACCCACAGGCAAUCUUUCAAUAUUUGAAAACAACCGUGACAUACAUAAUGACUGGGUAAUUAGUAUGUUGUUAAAGACUAAUGAAAAUAAAAAAAUAAGAGAUGCUGCCUUCUUGAGCGAAGGACUUCGUCUAAUUGCAAGAAGCCUAUGCGAUAGAGACCUGUUUAAUCUGAAAACAGAUGCUAAUUCUAACAAACAAGAAAAAGCAUAUACCAAGAGAAAGAACAAAUACCAAAAUAUAAUAGACACCAUGCAGGAAAAUAUGAUUCCAAUGACUGUAAAGCCUAUGCUAUUAGCCCUUGAUGACUUGACAUAUACUCUUCUAAAGAACAAUGCAGAAAGUUUAAUUAAAGAAAAGUUAAGGGAGGGAUUUGAGACAUACAAAAAUACCAACACUGUAACUGUAUAUAAUGUUCUUAAUGACAUGUGCAUAUUAGAGAAGAGCACCAAUCUUACUGAAAAUGUAAUUGACCGUGCCCUUUAUGAGCUGCAUUCUGCUGCAAACCAUCCAGUUGGCGAAUAUAGAACUAUUAAUCAGAAGACUCUGUUAUCUAUAAUUGAGAAUCUUAUUCAGAUCUCUGGGCUAUACAAAAUUGCUACUUUAAAGGAAGAGAAACUUUCUGUUGAAGUUACUGGCAGCCGCUGUAUACCAAUUAGAAGCGUAUACGAUCGUCAGAUUACAAUAGGAUAUUAUGAUAAUUAUACAAAAUUGAAAAGCGAUUUGGAGAGCAUGGUAAAGACUCCUUUUUACUCUACUAACUCUGCAGAUGAAUUAUGGAAAGAGGAUGAAUGCACAAUUAACGAAUUAAAAAAUGGAAAUGGCUCUACAAUUAAAUACGCUAGGAUACAAAAUGGAAAAAGUAUAAACACAUGCAACACUGAAAUAGAAAAGCAAAUGCUUGCCCAUCAAAUUAAACUUAGCCAAACACUUAGAGAAUUUAUUUUUGACAAUGUGACAUUCCCUCCAUUAAAACAAAUUAAUAGUAUAUCUAUUGAAUCUGAGAUUAUAAAUACAAUCGUCAUGCAUAAUACUUUUGGAUUAUCAUACUCCAAUGAUAUCAAGAUGAUUAUCACCCCCAUUCCAGAGUGCCUAGGGUUCAUUAGCAAUCUUGAAUACAAUAAAAAUGACCAGUCUGAGUUAUACACAGCAAACAUUCUAUAUAAGAAUGCUUUAAAUCCUGAAAAUGAAUAUACACUCUACAAAUAUGCAAUGAAUUGUCCUGCAAAUUCAAACCAUAUGUUCAUAGCCCCCGAGUAUAUCAAAAUUAACCCAGCCAAGACGCCAGGCAGUACCGAAUACUUAAAAGGCGAUUCUGCAGCCCCAGUUGAGCACUUGGAUAAAAAAAUAACUAGAUUAUGUAACAUUCUAAUGCAUUUUAUAACCGAAAGAAAAGAUAAAACCAAAAACAUCAACAUUUCAAUACCUGAUAAUCUAAGCAUAAGGGAAGCCAUUAAGAUAAUGCUUAGAUUUGUUUUGUCCUGUAACAUACCAAAAGGGAUUUCUAUAGAAAGUAUGUCAAGUUAUAGCGCAUACCAGCUUACUAUUGCUAUGGAUAUUCUUAAUGCCAUAGCAGAUGUCACACGCUGCUAUUUAAUCAAUACCAAGACAAUCAAAAUUUCAUAUGAGGACAUUGAAAAUGAAUUUGAAAAUGUCUUUAAUCCUUGUAUACAUGAUCAAAAUCAAACUAACGUUAUCCUACCCCGUAAAAAUAAUCUCUCAUACUUGAUCUGCGAGCGUUUAAUCAAUGUCCUAUACAUGAGUUCACAAAAUAGAAAAAGAAUUAUAGAAAACUUUGCUAACUUAAGUAAAAACAAGGCACAAAUCUAUAGGAUAAAUGCAGAUGAGCACUCUGAAUCAAACUACAGCAAUCUAAUCGACCUCUAUGAACUGAUUCUAAAUGGAAAAAAAGAAAUCGAUAACAAUUCACACUUAGAUAGCAGUGAAAAAAUUAUCGAUCUAUCUUCUAUCUUUAGAGGGGAAAAAUCUUCUGCAACCAGUAAGCUGAUGUUUUAUAGACCAGACUCCAAACCAUUAGAAGAAAAUAGCUACAGUUCGCAACUAUUCAGUCCUGAAGAUCUAAAUCUAUUCAUACCCAUUGAUGAGGAUGAUGCUUUAACAUUAGAGCCUAUUCAAAUGCCAUCCGUGGCCAUAAGUGCCUCUAAUCUAAUGCUACCAUUUGUGGAGAUACUUAAAGAAGUAUCCAAUGUGUAUAUUGUAAAGUUUUAGACACUUUUUUAUGCAGAUGUAAUAUCACAAAUAGGAA